CCGGGAUGUGGGGAUAAAGCGCGGCCCCGCGAACAGUUGCGGUGGGGCGGAGAGCGUGACUCGUCCGCUCCGGCGCCGCCCGUUCCCGCCGCGCGUCCCGCCGCCGCCAACGCCGCGCAGCCAUGUCCGAGGAGAAGCCCAAGGAGGGAGUGAAGACGGAGAAUGACCACAUCAACCUGAAGGUGGCGGGGCAGGAUGGCUCUGUGGUGCAGUUCAAGAUCAAGAGGCACACGCCCCUGAGCAAGCUGAUGAAGGCCUACUGCGAGAGGCAGGGCUUGUCAAUGAGACAGAUUAGAUUCAGAUUUGAUGGUCAACCAAUUAAUGAAACAGACACUCCUGCACAGCUGGAGAUGGAGGAUGAGGACACCAUCGAUGUGUUCCAGCAGCAGACAGGGGGGACCGCCACCCCAGGAACCGUCUUCACCUGGACGCCCAGCAUCACGCCUCCCAUGGGCCCUGCUAUUGCUACUGGAUGGUGAGCACGUGGCUGGCCAGGCACAGCGGAGUCCAGGACACAUUCUCCGGAGCAUGCUGAGCACCACCCAGAACUCUCCCUGCAGGGAUGCGGGGCACCGGAGGGCUUCCCUUGUUUAGGUGAAAUGAGUUCAGGUUUUGGGGUUUGUUUUUUUUUUCUUUUCCUUCAAAUAUUUUUUCUCCCAAACCUGGGGCCAAGUGCUGGCUCUGUCUGCGGCUAGCGCUGCCUGGUCCCUGCUGCUUGGUCCAGUCACAUGCCGGAAAGGGGCAGGAUUCCACUUAAAAUAGACAAAGGAUGUUAAAAUGCAAGUUUAAGCUUUGUCAAGAUAUGGCAAAGUUGAAGGGAAAAAUGCUGUUUCUUAAAAGAUAAAAAGUCUUUCAAUAACAUGGCCCAGAGUGCUCCUGUUCUCCCUCACCCCCCACUCAGCACCUGCUAGUGGGCACAUGGCCAAAGAUUGGCACAACAAAACCCAAUUUCCCCCUUUUUGAAGAUGUAAUUACAUUACUUACUUGGUAAUUAUAUGUGGCCUUGGAUUUCUUUUGGUAUUUGCUUCUGAUGAAUAAUUAUGGUCUAUAAAAAAGUAAGAUUAUCACUGAAUUUGCAGUUAGGGCAUUGUGUAAAGAGCUCCCCACAGUGUGGUCUUGGGUGAAACGCACGGAAAAGUGACUUGCAAUACUCUCAUGGAUUUGUGCUCUACCACCUCCAAAUACGCAGUGAGGCUGUGCAUUAGUAUGGUGACUUCAGCUUUGUGAAAUAUUUGGAUCUAUACCAAUUUAAGUGUUUGUAGUUGUGCUGUUGUCCUUCCAGAAGGGUCCAUUGCUGCUUCCUGGCCAUCUCUGCCUUUGAUAGUCACCCGAUGAUGACCCAUCAUCUUUUGCUUGCUUGAAAUCUUGCAGAAAAUGUUGGUUUCCUGUUUUGUUAGGAGGCUUGGGUGGGGUGUUGUUGGCUGUAUUGUGUUUAUUCACCAGUUUGUACAUUCUUGGUUCUCCUUUACUACUGUAAACAGUAAAUAUAGUUUGGUAUUCUGUC